AUAAAAUAGAAACAUGAUUAAUGUAAAUAGCAUGAUUAUUGUUGUGUGUGUAAUUGAAAAUUGAAACAGUAAAAAAGACGCUAUUUCAUCAUUGCACCAUCAACCUAAAUUUUGGUCUUUGUUUUGCACUCAUGUAAGAUAAUUAUUAAUAAUUCACAAGGAAUACAUUUGUCAUUUUGUCAUGACUGGAGAGCGGAAACUUUAUCAAUCUAGAAACGUGCACGGACGUCGCGUCAAUUAUGGAUAUAGAUCAGCCACUUCAGGAAUUGAUGAUAACUAUUUUUGGGAACGGGAUGUUGAAAAAUUGACAGUGUACGAUUUAGUGUACAAAUAUUUGCGUAGAUGCGCUGACAGAGAAGGGAAAAGGAAGCAGCGAAAUUGUGCAUGCAAUAAAUUUCAGAAGCAAAAUGCGAGAAAAAAGGAUCUUCAUGGACAAACUGCACCGUCCAUUUGGAUAAAUUUUGACGAUGGAAUUUUUGAUAACAAUAGUGAGCAGUUGAAAUCACAUGCGGAUAAAAAUGUACUUUCUAAAAGAACAUCUAGAAGCUCAUCAAAAGAAUGCAUUGCCAGUUACAUGAAAGCUAUUCACGAUGGGCAAAGGCGAGCUAAAUUCUACGUGCAGAAAGCACUUUUAUACGGCUUACAAUCUGGAUUGUUGAUUCCAAUUAAUGAGCAGAAGAAUGUAUUGCGUGUAUCGCAAAAGUUAGGAAUUUUCCCUUCAAAAGGAAUCGAAGAAGAACAGUUGAGUACUGCGACCAGCGAUACUGACUAAAAUUGUCAUUGUUGCGAUUACCAGUUCAACUACAACGCAAAUCAUAGCACGACCUUUCCGCUAAUAAGAUUUAUGAUGGUGAUUUAUGAUAGUCCUGUAAAAGCGGCACGAUAAAAUAAGAUUACGCCGGCAGGAUGGAGGUGAAUCGAAGAAGAGAUCUGUACAGGUACGAAGCGUAUCCGUCUCGAGACUAUAGCUUCGAAUCGGAUAUCUUAUCGAAUUCCAUGGCAGCAGAGUCUCCAUCCUCGCCGUUAAGACCCUCUUCUUUGUCGGCAACGUUUUCACUUCCCGGAACUCUGCUUCAGCCACCUUUUUUAGCGGCAGUGCCGCCCUUGAUGCAAUCCUUGAGUGUGCCUCAGCCGCUUUCAACUUCCCCUACUGGUUCUAUGAAUCGUCAUUUUAUCACCACGAAUGGUAUAACUAGUUUACACAAAAGACCUAGAAGCGAAAAGAAACCUAUCCCGGACGAUCAGAAGGACGAAAAAUAUUACGAGAGACGUAAAAGGAAUAAUCAGGCGGCAAAGAAGUCGCGAGAUGCUCGCAAAAUCAGGGAGGAUCAUAUUGCUUUAAGGGCGACGAUGCUGGAGCACGAGAAUGCGAUUCUGAAGGCGCAGAUAGUGACCCUUCGAGAGGAAGCACAAUCCCUGCGGCAUAUGUUGAUCAAACACGCCCCGGCGAUACAAUCGAUCGAACGAUCACUCUCCUCGAUGACACCGGUAACUCUUUCUCCCCCACACACGACUCCGAAUCUAGAUUGUUAAUUCCAGAAGCUUUUUUGAAGCUUUUUUGAAGUGUUUAGGUAUUUACAUUCAGAUGAAAAUCCAUGUAAUCUCGUUGAAUUUAAUUUUCGUGAAUAAUUCGCGACAAUGGAAAUUUACUGAAAUUGCAAUGGUUUCAAAAAACCUUCGGUUUGAAGAAAGAUAAAUUAUUCAAUAUAUCACUCUACGUUGUGCAAAUAAUAAGAGGCUGAUUAGUGGUAGUAGUUAAAAGUGAUUAGGAUAAUCGUAAGACUUCGAUGGAAAUUAUUAUUUCUUGUUAAUUAUUAUCGUUCAUUAUAGGUGUAAUUGUUGUUGCUUGAAUAAAAGUGAUGAUGCAAAAUAUAUACGUGGAAACAGAUUUAUGUGAAAUUUCAAAUUUCACCGAUAUUUUGUGAAAACAAUUGAAAAGAAGUGCAUUUACGAGACAUCUAAUAACGUAGUAAAGUAUUGAAUACCAAAAUUUCUAAUAACUGGCAAUGCCUUAUGCUUUUGAAAAAGCAAAACAUGC